AUGGGUGUGGCAGCAAGGAAAGAAGAUGGCAUAGGCCAGCAGCCCAGCUUCCUGGCCCCAGCAAAGUGGGGGUGGGAGGUCUAUGGGGAGGAAAAGGGCGGGGAAAUCAAAGGGGACCAGAAGCUCAGGAGUCCCCCUGGGCCACAGGAGGGCGCCUGGGAGCCAGCUUUGAGGGCUCAGAAUUCUGUGUCUGUCACCGAGGGGAUUCUAGCAAGGUCAAGUACAGGCGGCAGCGUGGAUGCCUCCAAAACCCCUCAGUCUUUCUGUGGUUUUGACUCCCCGGGCCGCCCCGAGGGCGGGGCGAAGGCGGGACUCGGCCCGGAUUUAAAGCGCCCGCGAGGGCCAGGUGGAGAGAAUCGGGGAACAGCUCCGGCUCCCCGGACACAGAAGAGGCUGGCGCAGCGCCGAGGCCGGGGUGGCCCGGGGGCCCCGCCACCCGCGCCCCGGAAUUCUAAAGUGAGCCGGGGCGAGCGCAGCCACUGCCCAUCUCAGACUGUGAAGAAACUGCUGGAGGCUCAAAGGCGGCGGAGGCAACCCGCCACCAACUACCAGACUCCGGGACAGGUCCCUGCGACCUCUGCAAACGAGACCGAACCAGGUCUUGGCCCAUUCCCAGGGGCCCCGGAAGUUCAGGUGGCUGGCCUCGGGGCCCCGUCAGCUCCCCCGGCCCAGGCCCCCGGGUGGGACCUGGAAGCCCAUGCCUUGUACCCCGACUGCCACUACCAUUGCACAGCUUCUGCGGAAGCCUUCUUCACCCCUGGCCUCUUCACACCCACGGAGUCCGGAGGGCUGGCUUCCUUCCCGCCACUCCUGGAGGGCCCCGUGGAUGCCCCUGGACUCUAUGUGGAGCCAACUCCUGCUCCAGGUGGCCCCUGGGGGGUCCCAGGGCCCCCUCACCUCCUGGCCCCCCAAGGAGCUUCACUGGAUGCAGCUCGGGCGGAGGUUCAUGCCCUAGGCCUGCAACGGCUGCUGACUCAGGAUGAGGAGGGGGACACGCUCCUUCACCUGUUUGCUGCCCAAGGCCUACGCUGGUCGGCCUAUGCCACGGCUGAGGUCUUGCAGGGCUGUGGACAGCUGGACAUUCGGGAGCACCAAGGAAAGACCCCGCUCCUUGUGGCUGCUGCGGCCAACCAACCACUAAUUGUCCAGGACCUGUUAACCCUGGGAGCUGACCCCAAUGCUACUGACCACCGUGGCAGGACCAUCCUCCACCUGGCUGCCACGUAUGGCCUGCCUGGGGUCCUCACGGCUGUGUUUAACUCAGGUAUUCAGGUGGACAUGGAGACCAGAGACUUUGAGGGCCUCACUCCUCUCCAUGCUGCCGUUCUCUCCCUCAAUGAGGCCACCCAGCAGCCAGCUUGUGGCCCCAGGACAAUGACGGUCCCUGCGAGGGACAGACUGGCCUGUGUCCAGAUGCUGUUACAGAUGGGGGCUGACCACACCAGCCAGGAAUUCAAGAGCAAUAAAACUGUUCUGCACCUGGCCGUCCAGGGUGGCAAUCUAUCCCUCGUCCAGAUGUUGCUGGACCUGCCAAAUGGGGACCCGAGGGCCUUUGUGAACAUGAAGGCCCAUGGGAACACAGCCUUGCACAUGGCAGCGGCCCUGCCACCAGGAUUCCCACAGGAGCCCAUCAUCCGUGGGCUUCUGGCGGCUGGGGCAGAUCCCGCCCUGCGAAAUCUGGAGAAUGAGCAGCCUGCACACCUGCUGGGACCCGGACCAGCCUCAGAAGCACUUCGACAGCUGUUGAAGAGAAGCCGGGCCCUCCCUCUGGCCUCGUCCUCGUAGGACUCAAGGCACAGUACCUGGACUGAUUCUUCAGUCCAUGUCUGUUCAACCUCCCUGUCCCUGAGGGACAACCAAGCGUAUGCUUAUGUAUGCAAAUCUAUGAUAAUUUAUUUGGAGCCCUGUCUAAUGCUCUGCCCUGCCCCCCAACCCCUGAGGAGUCUUACAUUAAAACUCCUGUGAUGUCAUGGAUGGGGAAAUGGGGGGGAGGGGGAGCUUCUGAUGAUUUCUGUGAAAUCGAAAGCCCCUCUGAACUUGUUUCUGUGAAACAGAUUUAGCCCCAGACCUUCCAUCCAACCCACCAAUCGUGCAAUUAAAUUUGAU